AUCAAGCGAGCGCCGCGGACUCAGACCGCCACACCACACAACCAACACACCUCACACCAGACUCAGAACCAUGGAGGACGAGUGCGAUAUGCUCGAGUGCUGCCUGUGCGGCGCGCUCUGCGGCGCCUGCUGCGCCUCGGCCGCCGACUCGGGCGACGACCGCCGCCGCGGCGGCCGCUACUCGGACGAGUACCGCAACGGCCAGCCCGUGUACGUGCAGCCCGUCGUGGUGCAGCAGCAGCCGGGCUACGGCCCACCGCCUCCGGGGCAGCCGGGCUAUGGCCCGCCUCCUCCGGGUUACGCGCCGCCCCCGGCCGGUUACGCUCCGCCCCCCGGAGAGUACCACCAGUACCCGCCUCAGCAGUACCCGCCGCAGCAGCAGUACCCGCCCAAGUACUAAGAAGUGACGUCGAUCGUUGAGAAGGAAGACGCAAGACAAAGCUGACGAGGGUUUCGCUGCUGCUAAGGAGAG